CCGCUCCCGGCCCCUUCCCCGGCCCGGGUCGGGGCUUUUCCCGCUUCCCGUCUUUCUUUCUGUCCCUAUGGAGCAGCUACCCCCGCCGACCGACCAUGCCUAGGAAAGCGGGGAAUGGGCAGCUUCCCUUACCCGAUGGCUGGGAGGAGGCGAGGGAUUACGACGGCAAAGUCUUCUACAUCGACCACAACACCAAGCAGACCAGCUGGAUCGACCCCCGGGACAGGUUAACAAAGCCCUUGUCAUUUGCGGAUUGUGUUGGGGAUGAAUUGCCGUGGGGAUGGGAAGCCGCGUAUGAUCCUCAGAUUGGUGUAUACUACAUUGACCACAUAAACCAAACAACACAAAUAGAAGAUCCCAGGAAACAAUGGCGGCAAGAACAAGAGAGAAUGUUAAAAGAUUACCUUACAAUAGCCCAGGAUGCUCUCACUACCCAGAAGGAACUGUACCAGGUGAAGGAACAGAGACUAGCACUUGCACUGGAUGAGUAUGUACGGUUGAAUGGUGCCUACAAAGAAAAAUCAAGCUCUCGUACAAGCUUGUUUUCAGGCUCUUCAUCAAGCACAAAGUAUGACCCUGACAUUCUGAAGGCUGAAAUCUCCACUACAAGAUUAAGGGUUAAGAAGCUGAAGAGAGAACUCUCUCAGAUGAAGCAAGAGCUGCUGUACAAGGAGCAGGGCUUUGAAACACUGCAACAAAUUGACCAAAAAAUGUCUGGAGGCCAGAGCGGGUAUGAGCUGUGUGAGGCCAAAGCCAUCCUGAAGGAGCUGAAGUCCAUCCGAAAGGCGAUCACUUCAGGCGAGAGAGAAAAACAGGAUUUAAUGAAGAGUCUUGCAAAGCUGAGGGAAAAAUUCAAUGCUGACCAAACCACUGAAACAUGUGAGCCAGACUUGAGUUCCAGCUCUGUAAACUCACGGCUGUGUUUUCCUAGACAAACUCUGGAUACAGGGUCUCAGACUGACAUUUCUGGUGAGAUCGGUGCAAGAAGUAGAUCGAAUUUAGCAGAGAAGGUCAGACUCAGUCUGCAGUAUGAAGAGGCCAAGCGAAGCAUGGCUAAUUUGAAGAUUGAACUCUCUAAGCUAGACAGUGAAGCCUGGCCUGGAGCACUGGAUGUGGAAAAGGAAAAACUGAUGUUAAUCAAUGAAAAAGAAGAGCUUUUAAAGGAGCUUCAGUUUAUUACACCACGCAAACGUACUCCAGAUGAGCUAGAGCAGCUAGAAGCAGAAAGGAAGAGGCUUGAGGAAGAGCUGGUGUCUGUGAAAAGCACACCCAGUCAAGCACUUGCUGAAAGAUUAAAAUUGGAGGAGAGAAGAAAAGAGUUGGUACAGAAACUUGAAGAAACUACAAAGUUAACUACUUAUUUGCAUUCACAACUUAGAAGCCUCUCAGCUAGUACGUUAUCUGUGUCUUCAGGGAGCAGUUUGGGAUCGCUGGCAUCCAGCCGGGGAUCUCUGAACACAUCCAGUAGAGGGUCGCUAAACUCGCUCAGCUCCACGGAUCUCUACUAUAACCAAGGCGAUCAAUUUACAGAUUUGGACUAUCAGUACAAACUUGAUUUCAUAUUGCAAGAAAAAACUGGUUACAUUCCUUCGGGACCCAUCACUACUAUUCAUGAAAAUGAAGUGGUCAGUUCCCAUGGGAGACUUGGUUACAGUGACUCUCCUUCAGCUGCAGACCAUCCCAAAUUGACUGAACCUCCUAAAUCUGUGGCAUCGCUGUCUUCCAGAUCCUCACUCUCCUCCUUGUCCCCCCCAGGCUCCCCUUUGGUUUUAGAAGCUGCAUUUUCAGUGUCAGCUCAAAAUUCCCCUCUGCAUCACCUCACUACGGACUUCGAAGACUCUGACCUUUCAGGUGAUUUUGCAGGCAUUAGCUUCUGCGAGAACCAAAUAUUAUUGGACUCUGAAGCCAGAGCAGGAUCUCGGACUCCUACAGAUGAUAAAGAUCUAAAUGUUAGGCAGCCUGUGCCUUCUCUACAUGAAGGAAGUUCAGGUGGUGAUUUACCAAGAAGAACAGCUGGUCGUCUGCUUGAGGAGAAAACAGCUUGUGUAUCUGCUGCUGUGUCUGAUGAGUCUGUAGCUGGAGAUAGUGGUGUAUAUGAAGCUUCUGUGAAACAACCAAAUGAAACUGAGGACACUGCAUAUAGUGAAGAUGAUGCAACAACUCUAGAGCCUGCUCAGGUACAAAUAGGACUCAGAUAUGACCACAGCAAUUCAAGUUUUGUGAUAAUCAUAGUACGGCUUAGAAACCUUCCAGCGUUUCCUGUCCCCCUUGGCUCUAAGGUGUAUAUCAGAGUAGCAGUCCUUCCAUCCUCCACUGAUAUCAGCUGUCUGUUCCGCACUAAAGUUCAUCCUGCCAUGGAAACCAUUUUAUUCAACGAGAUAUUCAGAGUAGCCAUUUCUCAAGUAGCACUGCUACAGAAGACACUGAGAGUAGAUGUUUGUGCUGGCAGUAGAAGUCCGCGGGAAGAAUGCCUGGCUGGGACUCAGAUCAGCCUGGCAGAUUUAUCACUUUCUGAUGAGACCUAUACUCUGUGGUACAACCUGUUGCCUUGCAAGCAGAGUCCUGGCAAAAAACCCAAGGAACAAAAUGACGAAUACAUGUUUCUGUUAAGCAAGCAAUCACAGUCAUUGGACUCACUGGACUUGGAUGCUGUGUCAGCUCUGCUGGAGAGGACAUCUGCUGAGCUGGAAGCAGUAGAACAAGAGCUGGCUGAAGAUGAGGAGAAGGAACAAGAGCAAAGGGCCACUGAGGAAGACUGGCUAGAGAUGCUCGCAGAGGCCUCUGAUGAAAUUGUGGAUGAAGAGGAAGAUGGCAUUAGGCUGGAAGUAGAAGGUGACUGUAAUGAUGACAUGGGGUUACUCAUGGAUGCACCAGAAAUGAAUGAAGAUGAAGACAAGAACAGAAAGAACAGUGAUGAGACCCAGGAAAGCCAGCAAGCUGCUGUAGUUCUAACGCUGGUUGAUAAAGAGACUAACACUGAGGAGCUGGUAGGCGAGAACACAGCAGUCCGGCCCAAGGACAGAGCCAGCUGGAGCUCCAGACAGCGUCCCUUUGUCAGGAGCAGCAUGAUAGUGCGCUCCCAAACCUUCUCUCCAGGCGAGCGGAACCAAUACAUCUGCAGGUUGAAUCGCAGUGACAGCGACAGCUCCACGCUAGCCAAGAAGUCUCUCUUUGUGAGAAACGCCACGGAACGACGGAGCCUGAGAGUUAAACGGCCUGUUUGCCAGCCCAUCAUGCAAAGAGCUGCGCAGGAGUGCCCCGUGCGCACUUCCCUGGACUUGGAGCUGGACCUCCAGGUGUCGCGCACAAGACAGAACCGUCUGAACGACGAGCUCCAGGCCUUGCGGGACCUUAAACAAAAGCUUGAGGAAAUGAAAGGCAGAGGAGAGGCAGACCUUCCUCUGUGUGUGCUAGAGGAUGAACGUUUCCAGAAACUCUUGAAACAAGCUGAAAAACAGGCAGAACAGUCAAAAGAAGAGCAGAAACAAGGUUUAAGUGCUGAGAAAUUGAUGAGGAAGGCUUCUAAGGAUGUGUGCCGGCUACGGGAGCAGAGCCAGAAAGUGCCACUGCAGGUGCAGUCAUUCAGGGAGAAGAUAGCAUACUUCACAAGAGCAAAGAUCAGUAUACCAGCCCUUCCAGCUGAUGAUGUAUAAUUAUGCAGUUUCUUUGAAGUGUUUUUUCCACUUGUUCAUCUCUUUUCAGAUGAGCUUUGUAGUUCCAGUGAUGUGCUUUCAAAGAUCUUCUAUUUUACAUUCACUAUUGAUAUGUUUAUUUGUAAAAUAUAGUGAACUGAAUUGUUGUAAGCUUAAGAAAUGGCAAAAAAACCCAACAAACAGAAAACCAAAGUAGAUUAAUUUUGGUAUGCUGAUUUUGUACAGUUUGUGUGUAUUGCAUCUGUGUUUUUAUUUUGUAAAGAUGGAACAAAGGAACAAAGGCAGUACUAAGCAUGUCUCCUGUUGAACUGCACUGUGUUGAGAAUAAUUAUGUUCAACAGACAAUUGUUUAUCUUUUCACUAUUUUCAUGUGAGCAGACUGUGAAAAUGGCCAUUCUGCCAUGCAAUACUUUUGUACAAGAGUGUAACUUUUACAGUUUAAAGUUAACCACAAGUGUAAGCUCCUUUCCAAAACAUCCAGGCUGCCUCACUACAGCUGCUGAUUAGAUUCGUCAUCCACGAUGUAAUUUUGUUUCUGAAAACAAAUUUCUUCUGUUUUUUUUUUUUUUUUUUUUUUUUUUUUUUUUUUUUUUUUUUUUUUUUU